CGAACCCCCAUCUGUUUUUUGUUGCAAUACGUCUUUGCCCUUCGGAUAGACAGCCACCCCAAAUUUGUUCUUGCAUCUAUAAAUGCCUUUCGGUUCUACAUCUCCCCUUCUAGUUAGUACCCUCUGUGACAUUUUUGGCUUUCUGUUCGUUGCCCCUCUGUGCUUUUUACUACCCUUACCCGAGUUCGAGCCCGCAUUCCCAUUCUUUCUGUUUUGUCGUAGCUUGAUCUACCCUUUCAAUGCUAUGGUUGUCGAGAAACAUUGGUGGAUCGUAUUGCAAUGCGGAUAUUUUACUUAUAUGCAUGGGUUGAUGUUGAUCUGAUCUGAUCUACGCAGCGAACCUCACAAGACUCUUGACAACCCCCUCGAACUGCUCGUGGAAGGCCGCGGAGAGAAAAUAGAAGGGUGCAUCUACGUCUGUGUUUGUUGC